AUAUUUUUAGGUCUCUCAAACAAUAACACGUGGUGGUCCUCGCUCGCAAAUUGCCAUACCAGCCCAAGGUAUGAUUGAAUUUCGUGAUGCUCUUACCGAUCUGUUGGAAGACUUUGGUACUAACGAUGGCGGUUUUAAAGGAGAUUUGCCUGAAGAACGUCAUAUGAAGGUAGACAAUAAAAAUUUCUACUUUGACAUUGGACAAAACAACAGAGGUGUUUACAUGCGAAUAAGCGAAGUAUGUUUAAUGUUUACAUACAUAAAGUGAACCGAUUAAGAUAUGCCUAUAUAAAAUUUCUUUAAAUUUUAAGAAAAAACUUAAUCAGAA